AAGCAGUAGACUAAAAGGCGAAACAGCUGUUCAUUUUUUUCUGGACUGAACAUUCCCUAAUAUUCUGGAUGUUUUUAACAUGUUCUACAUAUAUCACAAAUAUGGAGCUUCAGGAAUCUGUCUUAGUGAAUCUGGAGCUUUCAGAUGUCGAUUUCUGUGGUGUUUUGCUGCAAAAUGAUGUCGUGUUACUUUUUUUUUUUUCAAUAAAAUAUUUUGAAAUAAAACACUGGAGCUCUGAUUCUUCUGAUGCUCUCUUUUGGUUGAAUAAUUAGGUUUAUGUGGUUGGACAGACAGUAUCAUCAUCAUCAUCAUCCUUGCAUUUUCAGCCUUUUUUUAAAGGGACAGGCACUCUUCUCUGCUGCCUCCCAUCCUCUCCCUCUGAUUUUUUUCCCUCCACUUCAGACUCAGCCGGCAGCGAUGUGAAGCUUCGGAUGGAGGGUGGCUUCUUUUGUGCAUUCGUCAGGCUCAUUUUGGUGUAGCGUUGGCCUGAAGAUGUGUCACAGGAAGAGCUCUGGUGGUGAAGAGCCUCACGCCGGCAGAGGAGAGCGCACGCCGUAGCUGCUGUAGAUCCGCGAUGCUGCGUCUGGGUUAACGAUGCAGUUCUGCAGGAAGGUGCUCUGCCAGCCGUGCAGUGCCAGAGUCACUUCACCAGAGGAGGACAUGGAGUACAAGAUGGGGAGCUGCAUUGGAAUCUCACCCAAGCAGACUGAAGCUCAGAGUCUGAGCGGCAGAGACAACAAGGCCCGGCUGACCCGGGCCCCCAGCAGCCCGCCAUCUUCCCCGGUGCUCCCAGACGUCCCGGUCAUCACAGGGGUGGAGGAGGGCAGAGGUGCUGCUGAAGACCAGGAGGACCAGGAGGAGUUGGAGUUCCCUCACGAUCUGCUCCCCAGUUUGGAUUUCAGCAGCGAGCUGAACAUCUGGGAGUCAUCGCUGGGCACAAGCUCGGCCCAGAAGAAGCAUGAGCAGGUGAACCCCCUGCUGGUGGGCCUCCAGCAUCACAUGGAAGUCCCUCAAUCACUGGUGCUCAUAGACCCAAGGGCUCAUGGCUGUGAGCCAGCUCCCACAGACGUCCAGCCUUCACCUCAUGGUGCUUCCACACCUCAUCCGGGUCUCCAGGACCCACCCCCAUCUGCCUUCAUAGACCAAGAACUCCGAGAGGCCUUCCAGGAAUGUGAGGAGCAAAUGGUUUCACUGGGAAUGCCCACUUCCAUAGAGCCUCAGAGGGUUUGUGAUGUAGAGGAGAGAGCCGGCAGAGUGAUGGUUAAUGAGUCCAAUAAAUACAGAGUCUUUGAGGGAACACGGCAGCAAGCUGAGAGAUGA